UUUUUUUAAUGAUCAGAAGAGAAUACAUUGGAAAUUUAUUGCUAAUGAGAACAAGACUACAUAAUAGAUAUCCAACCAGCUCGGCAUUCCCCAAUGAUUUAAGCAACAUUUUAAAAAGUGCAGUUUGAUCAUAUUGCUGAAAGGGGAAAUAGAAAAUUCGUUUGCUCAAAAAAGGCACGUGUAGAGACAAAUAUAUACUAUCAGGUUUGGAAGUAAGUAAAUAGCAUUUCUGAGUUCUCCCAUGCUCGAGUCAACAGGUUAUUUUAAUUUAUCUUUACAGCCUGAAACCUCAAGUCCCGCUAGUUAGGAAUGAAUAAUUAUAAAUGAUUUUGUCAUGACUAAACUAUUAUGACAUUUUUUGUUGGACUUUUAUGAAGCCCAGAACCAAUUGGACUUUGGUCGAGUUAAAACCGAAGUCCUAGGAACCUUAAAUGCACGAAAGAGAUAAACGCAAGAGAAACCAAGCAAGUGAACUGAACUCCUGUUCUGUUGACUCUCCCAAGUCUCAGAAUGUCUGCUCCUGAUCAACCUUUUCCAACAUCCUCAACAGGUUGCAUCAAUGUCUUUUGGCACGAGGGAAUGCUAAGCCAUGACACAGGCCGUGGCGUAUUUGACACUGGGAUGGACCCUGGUUUCCUGGAGGUGUUAGAAAAACACCCAGAGAAUUCAGAUAGGGUCAGAAACAUGGUCUCAAUCCUAAGGAGAGGACCCAUCUCUCCUUACGUCUCUUGGCACCCUGGAAGACCUGCUAAUGUACCUGAGCUUCUCUCUUUCCAUUCGCAAGGAUAUGUUAAUACGCUAGUUGAAGUUGACAGAAAUGGGGGUAAGGAAAUUUGUGGUGGAACCUUCUUGAAUCCUGGUUCAUUCGAUGCUGCACUUCUAGCUGCUGGUACUGCGCUGUCAGCUAUGAAACAUAUACUUGAUGGCCAUGGGAAACUUGCUUAUGCAUUGGUGAGGCCUCCAGGUCACCAUGCUCAACCUACUCAAGCAGAUGGGUAUUGCUUUUUUAACAAUGCUGGGCUUGCCGUUCAAUUGGCUUUAGAUUCAGGGUGUAGAAAGAUUUCGGUCAUAGAUAUUGAUGUUCAUUAUGGCAAUGGGACUGCAGAGGGGUUCUAUCGGUCUGAUAAAGUUCUUACAAUUUCCCUUCAUAUGAAUCAUGGUUCUUGGGGUCCUUCUCAUCCACAAAAUGGAACGGUGGAUGAGCUUGGUGAAGGGGAAGGUUUUGGGUAUAAUUUAAAUAUACCUUUGCCAAAUGGAACGGGCGACAAGGGAUAUAAACAUGCAAUGAUGGAGUUGGUUGUCCCAGCUGUUCAGAAGUUUGAGCCAGAUAUGAUGGUGCUAGUGAUUGGUCAAGACUCAAGUGCUUUUGAUCCAAAUGGAAGGCAAUGCUUGACAAUGGAUGGUUAUCGAGAGAUUGGGUGGAUAGUUCGUAGCUUGGCAGAUAAGCAUAGUGGUGGGCGCCUUCUUAUUGUCCAAGAAGGUGGAUACCAUGUCACAUACUCUGCUUAUUGUGUUCAUGCAACGCUAGAAGGUGUGCUUAAUCUUCCACUUCCUUUGUUGUCUGAUCCUAUUGCGUAUUACCCUGAGGAUGAGGCUUUUGCUGUAAAAGUUAUUGAAGAAAUUAAGCUGUACCAAAGGAAUACUGUACCAAUAUUAAAGGAAGAUUGAUUCAGAAUUUCACGGUAUUUUGGCAGCUGAUUUCAGGUUU